AUGCCCGCACGAAAACAUGGUCAGCCAAGCAGGCGUAACAACUACGGAAAAGGUCACGCAUUCACCGACCCCAACCUCAAGCAUGCCCAAGAGAAACCUCGACACGACAGUGUAGCCAACACCGAGACUACUUCCAAGAAAUGGUUCUCACAUAAGCGGGGUGAGCUGGUCGCUCAGAUUCACGACGAUGUCUUUGAGGAUGGACCGCGCUCGCCGAGGGAUGCUGCGGAGAUGGAGUGGUAUGAGACGCUGUUUACUACGGGUAGGAAUAUUGUGGAGGGUUUGGUUGGGUCGGUGAAGAAGGGGUUGGGGAAGUGA